CUUGAGGGGGUAAAUAACUUCUCUGGGCAGUGCCAGCUUAAGCAACUACGUGUAAGCAGCUGCUCACAUGUACCCCUGUGUCCCUCCCCUGCUGCAACUGCUGACAAAGCUGUGUGAUGAACUAAGUGGGAGAGCAGAUCCAGAUGGAAAAUGGCCCAGGGGGAAGGCAGGGGGCUUUCAGCCAGAUCACCUCCUCCAUCCAGCCUCAGAUGCUCAGCUUGCACCCUACCACCAAUAAUGGGAACAGGAUUGCAGGGCGAAGGGGACACAAAGGGUGGUGACCGUUUAAACCAGUUUUGCUACCCUUGCUGAAUGUCAAGCCAUUGCUUGGAUAAAAAGAAAACAAACAAAACUCAGGAAAUCCCCAAUGUAAGGAAAUAGUGCAAGCCAAUUUCCCUCAAUUCCCACCUUAAUCUGUUUAUUCCUUGCUGUGAUGCUUGUCCCUGCUCCCUGGGCACCCUUCUUGCCCUCAUUGCUGUGCCUCAUUAGGAACUGUUGUGGUCUGUCUUGCAACACACAUGGGUUUCUUGGGGAGUAGCAAAGGGGAGAGGAGAUGCAACACACAGGCUGCAUGCGUACUGUGUGCCUUCUCUGUGCCAGCACGAGCUCUUCCUGGUAUCCUCUGCUUUAGUCCUCUGCCAGGUUGUGUGCAGACUGGACACUUUGUGCAGCACUGGCACUGCACCGUAAUUUGGCAUAGAGAAUUGUUUAAUGGUUUCUUCAUCUUUUCCUUACUCUGCAGGGUAGAAAUGAGGGGCUUUGGUCAGGAGGCAGCGUCAUAGUGGAGCAAGCUCUUUUUGGAUGAACAUAAGUUGGAGAUGCAUUAACACUGCUGCAUUAUAUCCCUGUGCUCAUCACUUUGUCCCAUACAGUCCUUGGGGAUGCAGCAUGGCAACAUGGCAGCAGAGCAGCUAUGAGCUGUCACCCACUGGGCAUGUGGCCACCUCACGCGAGCAGGCUGCCCAUGGUGCUCCUGAUGCACUGCUCCCUAAAAGCAAUGGGGCUGCAGGGCCAGUGUCACCGCUGCGGCUGUGAUUGCUGCUGACGGAUGUUGGGGCUCUUGCCAGGAUAAGUCAGGUCCAAGCUGAGAUGCCAGCAGCUCCUGCUGUUUUGACAUGAGUUUGAUUAGACCGGCACGACACAGCAUCCACAGGCAGUGCCUGAGUGCCAGGGGCCAUUGCUAGCAAAUAGGAUAAUAAGGUCUCUCCCAGGGACUGAGCCAGGGGUACUGCGAGCAGCUGUUUUGCUGCCAUCAGAGCACAGCAAUUUGUCACAGCAGCCCCUCCAGGUCCUCCACAUGCCUCAGUGUCCCCUUGGUGUGCACAGGCCCUUCUCUGCUCCGUGCCUGGGCUUCUACCAGUGUGCCUGUGCAAGAGGAACACAGCACUGGGUGGAAUCAGAGCAAGUCGCAUGCUGUUUCUGACUUCGCUGAGGGGUUAUGACCGCCCUGCAGCCAAAGGAGACUAGAAGCGUCCUCCGAAGUAGGGAAAGGCAGUGGCUGCAGCUUGGGCUGGCUCUUAAACCGGCCCCGUAGGGCUCACACACACACACAGUAGGUGAAUGCAAACACCGCCUGGGGCGGCAGCUUCCCGGAGGUGGAGCCGCACCGGUACAGGUGGAAAGGCUGAGCCUUCCCCUGAGCAGUGAGCUAGCUGCCUGCCCAAGAUCACCCCCUCAUCCCCUGCCCCACGCCAGCCUGGCCAUGGCGAACACGGACGGCGUAGGGGGCCGGAGGAAGAAUUUGGCCCUGCUGCGGCACAAACUGUACAUGGGGGAGAGGAGGAGGACGGAGCCCGUGGUAGAGAGCAGCGGGGCUGGGGAGCACGGUGCCUUGCGCAGGAGUCAGUCGGACAGGACGGAGUACGGCCAGAAGCUGCAAGAAAAAAUGUCCCCACAGUCAGGAUCCACAUCCUCUGUCACCUUGCCACGGGAGGAUGAGGAAACUGCUAAACGCAUGAUGGCCAAGAGGGUAAAAAUCAUUGCAGAGCUUAUGCAGACAGAGAGGGACUAUAUCAAUGACCUGGAUCUCUGCAUCAAGGAAGUGAUUCAGCCUCUGAGAAACAAGCAGAUUGCUCGCUUUGACGUGGAUGGCUUGUUUAGCAACAUCGAAUCGGUCCAUCAGAUAUCAGCCAAGCUGCUGUCACUGCUGGAAGAAGCCACAACAGAUGUGGAACCACCCAUGCAAGUAAUCGGGGAAGUGUUCUUGCAGAUUAAAGGCCCACUAGAAGACACAUAUAAAAUCUAUUGCUAUCGCCACGAUGAUGCACACACCAUGCUGGAAUCCUAUGAAAAGGAUGAAGAACUGAAGCAGCAUUUAAGACUCUGUGUACAGUCCUUAAAGUAAGAUCUUUUCAAAUGAUGAUUUCCGUCCAUAGUCAGUUGCCUGGCAGGGAACAUUUUAAAUGGAUGCAGAUGAAAGGUCCCCUGUAAAUCCAGAGUUUUAUGAGGCUUGCUGGAAGCUCUGGCUUAUGCUGCUUUCAUGAAAAGAUGACAAGCCAGGGGCCAUGAUUAGAUUUCUUUCUCUCUAAGAUGGCCAAAAAUAGCACAAGAAAGGCUUCUCUUCUCUUAGCUUCAGUGCCCCAUACCGGCAGAAGAAAUGCUGCAUCAUAUAAUGGGUUGCUGGGAACACCUUGCCCAGCUCCCAGGAAACACACUGGCCCCAUUUUCAGCGAUUCUGUUGCCUGGAUUAAAAUGGCACGCAGUGGAGCUAUUCACACAUACUGGUGUUUCUGGACUCCCACUAUAAGGCCCCAGAGAUCUGCAGCUAUGCUCGACACCUCACGAUGAGGGUAUUUGAAAGUGGCCUAUGUUGAAACAAGCUGUCAUGUCCCACCUGUUGAAUUUCCUUCACACCAUUGCCUCCAGCACCAGCCCCUGGGGGAAGUGCACUGGGGAUGCAGCAGAAAAAUGGCUCUGUCUUUCCUCCAGCAUGGCUUCCUCUUGCACCCGGAGAACCAGCUCGCUUUCUCUAUGAGGAGUGCUUCUCUUCACUUGCGAGCUCCCUUACUCCCUCACUUUCUCAAAAAUCUUGCACAGAGCUGUCAGGAGGUAGCAUACCCCAGUCCUUCAGACCAUAGGUCUCCCGCCAGCUCCAGAAAAGGCUGGUGCUGCACAUUUCCACAAGAAAUGCAAA